AUCUGAUGAUUUUGUUCAUACAAAAUGAUCUCAUCAACAAACGAAACAUUUUCAUUUUCUAGGCCUAACAAUAGGUCAAACAUAAGAUUUCGUCAUUGUAUAAGGCCACCCGAUUAUUAUUCUACUAAAUGGCCAAUAUUAUGGAUGUUAUGUUAUUCAUCAAUAUUAUUCAUCAGUAUUGAACCAAUCGAUGGAUCAAUCACACAAGAAGAUGCUAAUCUAACGCUAACAACAUCGGCCAUAUUGAAUCUAACUUCAUUACAUAAUCCUCAUGUUAAUCUACAUUCACACAAUCAUCAUCAUCAUCAUCAUCAUCAUCAUCAUCAACUAAAUCAUCAUUCAAAUCAUAAUUCGUCAAUAACAAAUUCAUCAUCCACUACGACAAUAAAAGCAAUAAUUGAAGAUGAUGAAUCUAGUUUGCCAUUGUUGCCUUUAGAAUCAUCACAUCCGUCUUUAGGAAUCGGAUCAUCUACAUCAUCUUCCUCUUCGUCAUCAACAUCAUCAUUUGAUCAUACAAUCCAUCCGGAUAAGAAUAAUCCAAAAGGUUUACGUUUUGAAGAGGAACCGGCAGAUUCCUAUAUUGUACGAAGUAAAUCGGCUAUACUACGUUGUCGUACAUUGAAUGCAUUGAACGCUUGGUUUACGUGCAAUAGUGGUGAUGAACGUCGUAUUCAAAGUAAUCAGAAAAUUUCCAACUAUGUUGAUCCACAGACCGGUAUUCGUUUGAUUGAAAUCGAUUUGGAAAUUACCCGAAGCGACGUUGAAGAGCAUACCAAUUCUGGCUAUACGAAUCCGUAUCAAUGUUGGUGUACCGCAUAUGGUGGACAUCAUCAAAUUAUGAGCCGUAAAGCAUCCGUUUCAUUUGCUUUGAAUGGUGAAUGGUCCAAUUGGGGUAGUUGGUCACCAUGUCAAUUGGCACCCGGAUUAACAGCACAAGGAUUGAAAUGUGGUAUCGGUACACAAAAACGUGUUCGCCAUUGUAGUAAUCCUACACCAGUUAAUAAUGGUCAAUUUUGUCCCGGUGAAUCGGUUCAGGUUACUGAAUGUACAAUUCUUUGUCCACCAAUCGAUGGUUUCUGGUCACCAUGGUCACAAUGGUCAAUUUGUUCACAUGAAUGUACACAGGUUCGAAGAAGAAUCUGUAAUAAUCCAAUUCCAGAAUAUGGUGGACACGAUUGUUUUGGUUCAGAUUUUUUGAUAAAAAAUUGUACAGGUGGUCUAUGUCGUAAGAAUUUCGAUCCAACCAAUUUUAUCCAGCCAAUCGGAUCGCCCACAACUACUCUACAACAGUCAAAUGAUCAAAUAUAUUUUAUAAUAAUAUUCAUAUUGAUUCUGAUCAUAUUAACUUUUGUCAUCUAUAUUGUUUUAAAAUUUCAACUUCAUCGACGACGUCAUGGUGCCAAAUCAACUGCUUCACCUUUCAAUCAUCAUUCAUGGUUGAAUGGUGGUACCGAUUCUGAUCAUCUUUCUCAUGGAAGUUUAGGUCCAAUAGAUCCCGAAGAUUCUCUUGUACCGCAAACUUCUUUGACACCAACAUUACUAUUGUUACAACAACAGGAUGGCCGAUUUUAUAAUAAAGCUGUCAAACCCAGUGGAAAUUAUAAUCAUUAUCCGAUGGAACCAAUUUUAUCCAAACAACAACAAUCGGCAUCAGCUACUCCACAAAAAAUGAUGCUUGUAUCUAGACUAAAUCAAUCGAAUCAACAAAAUGGCAUGUUGGAUCAUUUUCUGAUGCAACCAGGUUCCGGUUCGAGUUUGCAAUCAACUCCAUUGCAUCCGAAAGGUCAUCCAUUACCAACGAUUCCUCGUGAUGAUGAUAGCGUCAGUUUUCGAAGUGGUGGAUCGAGCGCGAAUCGUUAUGAAGAACCGCAAUUUCAUCAUUCACUUGUCCAACCAAUUUCCGGUGUCCGAAAAUCAGUUAAAAAAGGCUCACCACAUUCAUCUAACGGUGGCAAUGCUGGCACUAAUAGUAGUAGUGGAUCAGCCAACACUGCCCUCACUACUACCGCUAAUGAUAUGAGUCAAAAUGAAUCCGAGCCAGAUUAUGCCGAACCAAUUAUAAAUGAAUUCGAACAAACAGCUAAUAUUCGACCUCCUUCGUUGACUACAGCACCUCCUAUUUCGCCAUCACCACAAAAAAAUCUCCGUUAUUCUUCGGAAGAAUCUUCAGGUUGUUCGGAUGGUUCGAAUAACAUUGGCUCUCUUUGUGGCCGACAUGAGAAAUUUCUUAAAAUCAAUCACGAAUUAACUCGAUAUGGACAUUAUUCUUCAUUACCAAACCUUGGUGUGUGUUUAUAUUUGCCACCCGAAUUCCUCAUUCUAACAUCAAGCAUGUCCGGUAAUCAUUCUAUGAAUCGAGCAACCGAUGAAUCAAAUGGUGAUUUAUACAUUCGUUAUGGUAUCGAUACUCGUGCUCGAUAUCCUGGGCUAUGUUCCUUAAGCUCAGUGAUCACUUUAAAUUUGUCAAAACAACAUCAGCAUUAUAUUGAUCUUAAUCGUCCAGCUAUACUCUCUUUUCGUCAUUGUCUUUCAUUUCCCAAUCACCAACAACCUAUUGAUAUGGCAUCUCGAAAGAAUUUAGUAAUCAUGUGGCAAAAUCAACAAGAACAUCAACACUCAUCUAAAUCAUCAUCCAAAUGGAUUGAAUUGAUCCGUUUGGAUGACCAACAAGAUCCUAAUUGCUAUGCAUACCUGGAUUCGAAUCAUGUUUAUCUAGUUACUCGAUUAUUGGGCCGAUUCAUGUUUUGUUAUAAACAUGAUUUUUCUCAAUAUGGUUCAACAUCCACGACUGCUGAUUCAAAUCUCGAAUUACCAUCUACAUUUGGUUCGAUUGGCCGAUCUGCAUCAAAAAGUGCAGAAUCUUCAGUGAUUUCUAAAAUGGUCAAUUUUUCCAUCACCAUUGAACAAUGUAGUCAAACUGAACAUUUAAUCAAAUGUUUUGUAUACGACAAUUUACCCGCUUCUGUUUUAAUGUUCCAGAAUGAUCAAUUACCAUCAUUAAAUUCAUCUUCAGAGUCCACAGUGAUGAAUGGCCAAAAUAAGCUUGUCCAAGUACUUAUUGGGCGUAUGUCCAAUCCUUUAAUAACAACAGCAUAUAAUUCUUCUACUAAAAUUUCCUUGCCGCCAAAUCGCAGUUCAGCCCUUUGUUUUGAACUUAUUCAACAAGCUAAUUCUACUCCUUCACAUUCUCGUAUUCCAAAUAUUGGUUCUAAUCCACGCAUGGAAAUUCCUUUGGAACAUCUUUGCUCUUUAGGGCCUAAUUCAAUGCUCCAUUGUUCUUUUAUGGUGCCGAAUGUCAGAAAUACGAACAUUUUAAUCAUGGAUAAUGACGAAAAUUUAGUUGAUGAUAAUGAUGAUGAUCAAGAACAAGAUUCUGACGAUGAUAUCGAUUUGCAAGAUUCUUAUGAUUCAGUUGAUGAUUCGAGUUUUUCUCCUACUUACGAAAAUAAACCUACACGGCCGUACUCACGCAGAAAAAAAUCAUUAUUGAAAAAGAAUUAUAGAAAUUUGAAUUAUGAAAUAAAAGUGUGGCAACAAAAACCCGAAACACGUAAACGUUUGCAUCAUCAUCAUUCGAAUACAUUAACAUUGAAUUAUCUUAAUAUGAGGCCAUUACAUCGUCUACCGUCUAGCGAUAGUGCUCAGCAAUAUUUUUAUCAUGAAGAAUCUUGCCGUUUAUUUGGCGAUUCUGAAUUAGAACUAAGACGAUCCAUGGCUGAACGUCUAGAUCUUUCUUUAUACGGCAACGAUCUUAGUCCAUGGAAAGAAUGGGCAAUGGCAAUGUUGAUGAUAUCCCGUGAUAAUAGCCAUCAUGGUUGGCUCACAUAUUUUGAACGACAACCAUCACCAAGUAUUCAAUUAAUGGAACUUUGGGAAUCAAAAACCAUAACAGAAUUGAUGAUCGCCAUGGUUGAUGACAAAAUUGGACGACGAUCACAUCGAAAACGGAAUAACAACAAACAAUCAUCCAUACUAAUGUCAACGAACCCUAUGAAAAUGAAAGAAUUAUUCUUCUCGAAAUUGUUACAUCAAAUACAAACAACUAUUGGUGGUAGCUCUGAUCUUGUUGAUUUGAUUCUUGGCCACAAGUUUUGAUCCAUACUUUUUAUUUAUUAUCAAUUUUCAAUUUUUUUAAUCUCAUUCAACAUUUCUUUCACAUCUUAUUAACGAACAAAAAAACACUUUUGGAAAAAUUAUAUUCAAUUGAACAAAUCAUAUAAAUGUAAGCAAUUUUUUUCAACAAGUGCCUACCCCAAAUCAUUCAAGUGUCCUAGUUAGCAAUUUGAAAAAUUUGUUUAUACACUAUCCAAUGGAACACCAUCCAAAGAAACAUGACAAUAAGAGCUUCGACUAUUUAAAAAGAAGCAAAGAAGAAAAAUCCGUUUUAUUAUCCAUUCACAAACAAUUCUAAUGAUUAAUGCCCUUAUUAUUAUUGAUUGAUUGAUUGAUUGAUGUGCAUUGAUAAUAACUUUUUACACUGUUUUUUUUCAAUUUACUUUUUUUUAAUUAUUUAAUUUUUUUUCCUGUAAAUAUGAAAAAGAUUUACUAAUUUGAAAAGAUGAAUAAAAACAUUGAUUUAUAUAUUGAAAAUUCUUUUU